AUACAUAUUAGACGUAAACAAAGUAUUCAUUACAACUCCAUAUAAGGAAUGUGUCUGUAUUGGAUCUGACUAGGAAGUGAGAUCAGUUCAUUCAACACUACAGGUAAGCCACAGUCAUCCGUAUGAAUAAUGUAUAAAUUCCUUGUUGUCGAUGAAUGGCAUAGAAUCGAAAAGACAAUGAAUCCCGAGACGGAUGAUUGACAUUUUGUAGAAUGAACAGUCAAGUAAUUGACGAUUGAUUGACAUUUUGUAAAUGAAGUAUAAACUGUACUGUUCUCACAUUUUACUAAGAGAUUCUGUAGCUUCGUGUUCACAUACGCUGGAUUGUCCCCAUUCCUGUUCUCCUUCACCACAGUAAUACCCGGAUUUAUUCACUCUGAGGAAGAAGCUUACAUAAAGUCACGAAAUAUCAGAAGUAUAAUUUCUCUAUUCAGUGGGAUAUAACAAAAAAAUAUGUUUCUUGUUAACUCUCUACUCAAUGCUGAAUUUAUUACAAACUGUCAAGUCAAAACUUAGCGUUUUACAUCUGUAAUUGGAUGUAAACCAACUAUUAAUAUGACACUAGAUAGUGUUCAAUCGAUCAAGAACACCAGUGAGGACAACCAAAUCAUAUAACCACAACGUGAAUACUUCAUUCGCAAAAUACCAAUCAAUCGUCUCACACUUUAUUGUUCAUUCUCUGUUCUCGUUCUCUUCUCCUCGAUUCGCUUGACCUUCUGCCUCCAGCUAUUUCACUUUCGAAUGAAAAUGUAUACUACUGAUAUCAACAGAUAUCAGUAGCACACACCACUCCUCUGUAAAGCAUUUGGUUAAACUCAUCUGUGUUCUCGUUCUCUACAGAAUGUUCAUCAAUGAAUAGUUGAAUUUAGCUGUUUAAUUUACUGUUUAUUGUAGACACAUUUUGGAAGUAAUGGUACCUAUUGUUGAAAAUAUUCAAUGUGAAGGAAUGGAAGUGAUGAAUGUGAUGAAACAUUUUGAUCGAUUACGUGCUGUAUCAACAUAUACCAAAACAGUAAAUUGUACUUUAUCAUUGAAAGCUAUUCACAAUUAUAGGUGCUUAUACUUGUUGUAAUACAAAUACUGAUAACACUUGUAGUCAUAAUGCUCUCAUCAAUACCGUAAAUUGUUGAGUCAAUAACGAUAUUUGUCUUUAUGUAGUGGGAAAGAUUUUCGAGACAAAAGCCAACUGAUAUCGUCCAUUAUAGCUGGUUUAUUUCUGUAUGUAAUGCCAUUUAUUUAAAAAUUAUUUAUUAACAGUAUAAAAAUGUAACUGAAAUAUAUGUCGGUGAUUGAAUAUGUUGAUUAGAUAAUUGUGUAACAUUCAUCCUUUUCACAUCUGCUUCUAUUUUUUGGAGCAAUAUGUUUAUUGGCCUUACUCUUUUCUGCUUCCCCUCACCAUUCGCAGUUACGGAUUGCCUCGUGAUGCAGUUGAUGAUUUCCCUAAUGUAUGUCCACUCCACUUCCAACGUCUUCUCUUAAGAUCCUCUUCAACUAGAAGCUGGUUCGUGCUCUCCCAUAAAACGCUGUUGCUGAUAGUAUCUGGUCAGUGAAUGUUGAUUAUUUCGGGAAGACAAAUUUUUAUAAAUACUUUUAUUUUCCUUACGAUGGAUGAAGUAGUUCUCCACGUUUCAGCUCCGUACAGUAGGACUGUAUUGACGUUUAUAUUGAAGAUCGUGAUUUGGAUAUUGAUAUACAGACUGAUUGAAAAUAGGAUGAUACAAACAGAAACAAAAUGUUAAGUUCUAUUUAUCAAUAUUCAGUUAGACGGAAACGAUAGUUGAAUUCUUCAUUCCAAUAUGUUUCAUUAAUUUUGGUCAAUUAGUUAUUAAAAGUAGUCUGGAGAGACUUCAUUGUUUUCAAGCUUUUCGACGAAUCUGAUUUGUACUGUUGCUUCUAGAUAAUGUGAAGUGACAUUUUGGUUAUACUUAAUGACGUCUAUUCAUUAGUUUGAAGUAUUCUGAUUUCGGUCAUCAAACACAUAGUUGAUUUGAGAUUUCACGUUGAACUGUCAGUUUGAAUUUGAAUAUUUAGUCGCAUUAUGCCACAAACCAACCACUUUUCAAGCAGUGGAAUCUAGGACGCGCGUUUCGUCCUAUUUGCAACUCGUCAGCUGGAUGUACUAACAUAUCAGAUUUGAUGUUCACUGUAGGAUGCAAAACCGCUACCGUUCAAAUCAAACGCCAUCGUAAUAUCCACUUGCAUACUGAGUCAUGAUAGUCACUUGCUUUUGCAAUGAGGUGAAGUUUAAAUUUACUUGAUAUUGUUUUGUACCAUUGCAAUUCAUCAGUCUCUUGUUGGCUUAUGCGCAUACUGUGCAUUGCUGAUAAUUACUGGAUAAUUGUAUUGCUUCGCACAAAAGAAUUAUGCAAAUACGUUUGAUACUACAAACUAUGUAUUCAUUCAAUUGAAAGAUUCAAGAAAGCAUUACCGAAUGAAUUCAAUCGAUCUUAUGUUUCUGUUAUCCAGAUGAGUAUUCGUCUGACAAAUAUAAAUUAUUAGUAUUUUAUAACGACAAAUUUUAAGAUCAGAUCAAUUGAUGAUCUACUUCAAUAUCAUUCUGGAUUUUGGUGAUACCAACCAACACCACCACUACACAUCCAUAGUUCACCAUUCAACAUCAGAGAACGUUCGACUUUCACACGCUUUUAUCAUUCUGUCUUCCAUUUCACUAGCACCACAUCCUAACCAAACUUAUUUCGUCAUUUGAAUUGGUGACAUUACAUUAGAUGUAAGUAAUAUUUAGGCAAAGUAAUUAACAGACCAAACAACAUUACAGCAGAAGCACUGAAAGCAGACGUAGAAGUAACUACAAACUUAUUCGACAUUCUUUCCAGCAAGAUUCGCGAUGAAGAACAGGUACUAACAGACUGUAAAGAAAGUCGUCUGAUCAAGAUGCCAAAGAAAGGCGAUUUCAGUAAGUGUGAUAACUACAGGGGCAUCAGUCUUCUUUCAAUAUCAGGAAAAGUCUUCAACACGGUGUUGUUAAACAGAAUAAAGGACUCCGUAGACGCCCAACAUAGAGACCGACAGCUUGGAUUCUGUAAGAAUCGACAAUGUAUAGACCAAAUCACAAUUAUACAGAUCAUUUUGGAACAAACAAGUGAAUGAAAUUCAUCACUCUACAUCAACUUCAUUGACUACGAGAAGGCAUUUGAUGGAGAGGACGGUAGAAAACUAUAGAGGCUUCUUCGACACUACGGUGUUUCCGAGAAGAUGGUCAAUAUCACACGGAAUUCCUAUGGUGGAUUAAGCUGCAAAAUCGUGCAUGGAUAACAGCUUACUGACUCGCUCGAGGUUAAGACUAGUGUCAGGCAAGGUUGCUUUCUCUAACCCUUUCUCUUUCUUCUGUUGAUCGACUGGAUUAUGAAGACGUCAACAUCUGGAGGAAAGCCUUUUUUUAGCAAGGCUGUUUUCUACGGGACGAAAUUGCUGAUCCUACUCUCAAAUCUCUAAUUUUGACCAGAUUUGAGACCGAUAGAGGACCUAGAUAAGCUACAGCUCGAGUUAAACAUGUUAUGUUCAACAGUUGUUUCUAUUUUAUUUUGUAGUUUGAUUGCAUUGGUCAUAGCACUAUUGAUUGUUCUCGUGAAGAAGAUCAGUGAGAAAUAUCCACUGAAUGUCGUGUUUGUAAUUAUUUAUUCUAUUUCCAUGGCAAUGGCAAUGGCAAUUUGGAAUUUACAGUUAGAUGUUCUUUACAAACUUGCAAUCUUUGGAAUCAGUUUAGUGCUGUUCACAUCUGCAUUACUGAUUGGUGCAGCGAUUAAAGGAAAUUUGGUCGAUCACUCAAUGAUUAUUAUAAUAUCCCUUUUGUCUACAUCUAUUGUAAUUUUGGUAGUUGGGGCUGUGCUCAGUGUUUUUCAUAACAAGAAGUCAACGCUCGGCGUUUACAUAGGUGUACAAAUCCUGUUCUUCAUUAUAACAAUAUUUAUAAGUCAUUUUACUGUUGGCAAGUCAAGAUAUAUUUUUUUGUAUCCAAAUUAUUCUUUGGCAGCUAUAUUAUUGUAUACUAUAUUCUUUUCAACUUUAUCAGUCAAUACUGAUAUAUGGAACGUCUACAACAUAACUGAAAGUUAUAUUAUUCAGUUCAAAUUAACAGAAAAUGUGAUCAAUAUUUAAUGGAAAUCAGAAAAAUCUGUUUUUUGUAUUUUGUUGUUGUUGUUGUUGCUACGUUGAAGUUGAACUCUGAAUAAUUAACCGAUGUGUAUUUUUGUUUUGUUGAUUUAUUAUCGAAUCAAUCAAGAAGGGGUAUUUUUGUGUAAAUUGAUUGUGUGUGUGUGUGUUUUAUUCGAAUGCAUUUCAAUGUAACGUACAUUUGAAGUUGAUAGUUGAACCUGAAUUGUUAAUACAAUUUGUCAUUCAG